UGGAGCAACCCCGCACGUUUGGACGACUUGCAAAUUUCUCCUCAGUAACUUUGAUGGGGACUUCGACAUUAAGCAGGGAAAAUGCCUGUGAUGAAGGGAUUAUUAGCGCCGCAGAACACGUUUCUGGACACAAUAGCCACACGGUUUGAUGGCACUCACAGCAACUUCAUCCUGGCCAAUGCUCAGGUGUCAAAGGGGUUUCCAAUCGUCUACUGCUCCGAUGGCUUCUGUGAACUCACAGGCUUCUCUCGGGCCGAGGUCAUGCAGAAGAGUUGCGCUUGCAAGUUUCUGUAUGGACCUGAGACCACUGAAGGCAUCAUCCUCAGUAUUGACGAAGCUCUGGAGGAGCGUAAGGAGUUCAAGGAUGAGAUUAUAUUCUACAAUAAGACAGCGGUUCAGUUCUGGUGCCUGCUGGACAUCGUGCCAAUUAAAAAUGAGAAGGGAGACGUGGUGCUCUUUCUGGCCUCAUUUAAAGACAUCACUGACACUAAAGCCAAAGCCAUCCAUGAGGACAAGAAGGAAGAGCGGCGGCGCGGCAGGGUGAAAACAGGCUCUCCAUUCAGCUCAGCGCGACUGCGUAGCAGCACAGUGCUCUAUCACAUCUCUGGUCACCUCCACAGCAGAGAGAAGAGCAAGAUUAAACUCAACAAGAAUGUGUUUGGGGACCUGCCUGCUCUGCCAGAAUACAAGGUAGCCGAUGCCAAGAAGUCCAAAUUUAUUUUGCUUCACUACAGCACAUUCAAGGCUGGUUGGGACUGGCUGAUUCUGCUCGCCACAUUCUAUGUUGCGGUGACGGUGCCCUACAAUGUGUGCUUUAUUGGUGAUGAUGAUGACCUGACCCGCAGCACGACCGUCAGUGACAUUGCAGUGGAGAUACUAUUUAUCAUAGAUAUUGUUUUCAAUUUUCGUACCACUUAUGUCAGCAAAUCAGGUCAGGUGAUUUUUGAUGCUCGGCAGAUCUGCAUCCACUACCUGACCACAUGGUUCAUUAUUGACUUAGUGGCUGCUUUGCCCUUUGACCUGCUCUAUGCCUUCAAAGUCAGUGUGGUGUCCGUGGUGCACCUGUUAAAAACAGUGCGUCUGCUCCGUUUGCUGCGGCUGCUCCAAAAGAUGGACCGCUACUCCCAGCACAGCACAGUGGUCCUGACCCUACUGAUGUCCAUGUUUGCCAUGGUGGCCCACUGGAUGGCCUGCAUCUGGUACAUCAUUGGCAAGAAGGAGAUGGAUUCCAAUGCCGACAACUGGGAAAUUGGGUGGCUCCAUGAGCUGGGGAAGCGUCUGGAGGCGCCAUACUUCACCAUAGGAGAAAUGAAUGGGACCAGCGCCGGUCCAUCCAUCCGGAGCGUGUACAUUGCCUCACUCUACUUCACCCUCAGCAGUUUAACCAGCGUGGGCUUCGGCAAUGUGUCAGCCAACACAGAUGCAGAGAAGAUUUUCUCUAUUUGCGUCAUGCUUGUAGGAGCACUGAUGCAUGCACUGGUUUUUGGCAAUGUGACAGCCAUUAUCCAGAGGAUGUACUCACGAUGGUCCCAGUACCACACUCGAACCAAAGACCUGAAAGACUUUAUACGUGUCCAUCAUCUACCCCAGAGCCUCAAGCAGCGAAUGUUGGAGUACUAUCAGACAACUUGGUCGGUCAACAAUGGCAUCGACUGUAAUGAGCUGUUGAAAGACUUCCCGGAUGAGCUGCGAUCCGAUAUCACCAUGCACCUUAACAAGGAGAUCCUGGAGCUGUCGCUGUUUGCCUCUGCCAGUCGUGGCUGCUUGCGCUCCUUGUCGCUGCACAUGAAGACCUCCUUCUGUGCUCCUGGAGAGUACCUCCUCCGGCAGGGUGACGCACUCCAGGCCAUCUUCUUUGUCUGCUCAGGAUCCAUGGAGGUGCUGAAGGAUGGGAUGGUUCUGGCCAUUCUCGGAAAAGGAGACCUUAUUGGAGCGAAUCUGUCCUUGGAUGACCGAGUGAUAAAAACCAACGCAGACGUGAAGGCUUUGACCUACUGCGACCUGCAGUGUGUUAACCUGAGGGGACUGUACGAAGUGUUGGACCUUUAUCCUGAAUACUCCCACCACUUUGUGCAAGACAUCCAGCAGGACCUCACAUACAACCUGAGAGAGGGACAUGAGACGCAUGUUAAAGCAAGGCUGUCCACGACAACUUUAGACACCCAGUCAGGGGUGAAAAGGAACGGCCGUGUGGUGCAGGGCUACCCACCCAUCGUCGAAGCACGGGUUGAGCAUGAGGAAGAUGAGGAGGAGGAAGAUGCCAUGUCUGUGUCUCUGUCAUCGGAGCAGAACAGAGCGGUGAACCUCAGGGACACCAGUGGGAGGUCUCCACUGAGCCAACCCAGCCAGAAAAGCUCCGAACAGAGCUCCAGAAGGUCCCGAAGGAAGAUUCAGGAAAUUACUCUCACCACUUUAGAUCCUUCCAACCUCAGUCCCAGGAUAGUGGAUGGCACUGAAGACAGUGAAGGGACAGAGAGUUCCAUGGCCUUCUCCUUCUUGUCAACCCGAGGUUGUCCUGCCAGUGAACCAAUCAGUGCCUCAGCGUCUGCCACAGAUAUGCUGCAGAUCAGCACAGCAGAGUUAGCGGCCAAAGCAGAGGAGACCAGAGGACAACUGAGACACCUCGACCAGCAGGUGAACACCCUUGGAAGGGAGGUGGCCGACCUCGGGCGAGUCAUGAAGAGAAUGGCACAACUCAUGGAAACCUUUAUGUCAUCAGCGCCUCCACCCUCAGUCGUCUGCCCAACGUACUGCUCCCCAGCGCACCACCCCUUCCUGCCCCACCCCAACCCUCCUCAGUCGUACCCCUCCCCUCCCUCCUGUCAGACUGCCUCCAUCUGGACUGACACACCCAUGUCACUGCCUUCCUCUCCCCUCACACACCCCCAGCAGCAUGGUGCAAUAUUUCACAUGGACUCCGCCUGCCACACACACAGACCCCAGGACCUUCUUCUGGGGUACCCUCCUGUUUCCAGCUCGACACCGCCGCCGACCCCAAACUCCUCAGCCCUUCAGCUACAGCCCUCCUCUGCCAACGCACAGUCUCAAAUGCCUUCAUCAGAGAUUACCUUCUACACAGACGGUGUUUCAGGUUCCAUCAGGUCAACGGUACACAGCCCACCUCCGCAGGACGGGGGGGAUGAGGGCUCUCACCAGAGGUCCGGGUGUUCUCCUCAAACUGGACUUGAGGAAACAUACCACAACCCGAACACAGGCUUGUAGCAGACCACCAUCUGAACUUCCCUGGCACCCGCAGGACCCUGUCCAGGAUAUUUUUGGAUUUGUGUCUGAAUUCCCGAGGACACUGAUUAUCUAUGAGCCCUCUUGUUACUGGAGGACGUCUGCAGGAAUGCAACUCAUAUUCCUUUUGUUUUAAAGGCACGUGUUUUAAAAAACCCAGAUGCAUGAAAAUAAAUACAGAUGGUUUAGGUGUGUUAGCUUUACCUUAUAGAAACCUAGUGUUGUUAGACAAAAUGUAGAGAAUUGGAUCAGUUGUUGAGCUAUAUGAGGGCACAGGCCGCCCACAUCCCCUUAGCCACAACUCCUUGAGGCCUUCAUAGAAGAGCAGCAGCAUUGUGCCAUAAUGGACAAGAGCAAUAUGGUAGAGGGUGUCCUCUGUUUUUUUGCUCCGGGCUACAGAAUGUUUCAGGUUGGGUGGGUUGGAUGGAAGAAGAAAGAGGCUUCAGAGACAAGGAUCGGUGGAGGGUGGUAAACAUCUUUACCCCAGCCUCAUCCCCCACCACCUCUGCCAUUUCUGAUCCUUUUAAGCCUCCUCUGCUUGCUCACUCAACCCGUGCAGGAUGCUCUGGAUGUGGUGGACCAGCGUGGGGCUGGCUGCUCUUGGAGCACUGGACGGUGUGAGGAUUGAGACGGGAUGAAUUGUGCUCUUUCCUGUCGACCCUCAGGGAACAGGGGUAGAUGGUGGAAGCAGGAAGUGGAAGUUGGUUAUGGGUUGCUGGGGUGGUGGUGGUGGUGGUGUUACGCCUCGGGUGAUGCAGCUCCUGCUGUCAACAGUCAUCUGAGUACAGGGACUAUUUCCUCCUCUCUGUUCCUCUUUUCUGAUGUUUCUCGCCAUACAACUACCACUCCUUCCCUUUCUCUCUCUCUCGCUCUCUCUCUCUCUCUCUCUCUCUCUCUCUCUCUCUCUCUCUCUCUCUCUCUCUCUCUCUCGCUCUCUGCAUGCCUUUCCGAGCCUUUUGAGUAGUGCCUGUAGACACAUUAACAUGCUGCAUGUCACCCUGUGGAAAUCCAGCUUGCCAUUUAUCUAUCUAUUUAAAGAAAACAUGGAUCAUUCUUUUAAUAACUGGCAUUUACUGAUGCAUAUUUAUAAUAUAUAUAUAUAUAUUGGAUGUGGGCUCAGUUUUAACAGCUGGGUAAUUUCAGGCACAAGGUAAGACGACGGCUGCCCUGACAUGAAGUGGCCUGCAGCUAACCGUCAAUAUAAAUUGGUUCACAAUACAAGAUGUAGGCUGUUUCCCUGAUCAUCACAGAGGGUUAGCUGCUCUGAGAUCCACUUUCUCAGCUGUCCAGAGCGAAGGCAAUAUUCCCCCCAUAAAAGCACAAUGAGAAAAUAAAGACGCUUUUAUAUUUCUAUGAAUGUAUCAAUACUAAAGAUGUAUUUUUUUACCUCAAAGAAUGCAAGAGUGUGGGAUAACAGUAAAUGAUGCUACUGUAUAUGAAGUUAUGGCAGUGCCGUCUGCUGGUACCAACCAAUGCAAUCCUAACCAGGAGGAGGUCAUAACUCUCGUCCCAACAGAUCUACUGUUCUCUUUUGAAUUCACGUAGGUUUGACUCUGCUUCUCUGCAAAUGGAAUGUACUGUAUUUAAACUUGUUUUUUCCCUUAACAUUUUGAUAUUUAUUAGAUAC